CAAAACCGAAAGUCACCACCCACCAGGGCCUCUUCUCUUCUUUUUCUUCUUCGAGUCUCCCGCAACUGCCGCAGAUCACCAUCCUUUUAUGUACCUUUUCCCCUCUGGUGUCCAUUUUUCCGGUCUGCUUUCUUCUGGCACCAGGGCCUCUCAUCUGUCUUUCUUUUUUUCCCUUCCCUUCCCUCCUCGAGUGUUCCACCUCACUGUCAAUCCCCUGGCACGAACAAGUGUUCUUUCUUCCCCCUGAGUGCUAGGGAGCGUUUGUUGUGUUUCACCCUCCGUCUCUACUAUUGACCCCUCCCCGUCACCAUGGGUCUCUUUAAGCGCAAAGACUCUAAGAACUCGAUUCAAAGCGAGAAGGAGGAUUUCGACUCGACCGUAACCGUCAACAGUGCUCGCACCUCCAAUGCAUCAUUGAGAUCGCCCGGUUAUAAAGGAAGUGGGCUGCCUGCCUCCAUCCCAGAACUACCCAUCGCCAAACCACCUGAUCCGGCCCUCGAUCCAGCGGCCUACCUGCGGAGUAUCCAUGCUGUCCGUGAGCGCUGCAGCCUUGUUUUGAACAAGGCCAAGAGAAAUAGACUCAACCACUUUGAUGUGGAUAUGGGCAAAUUCAUGGCCACUGCAUCUUACAUUGUCUCCAUUAUCAAGAGAGAUUAUGGCCCGGACUACGACUCCAUUCCUCCUCAUGGCCGUUGGCAACACUUCGACGUGGGUGGACGACCCCGCGUUAACCAAUUGCUCCAGUCCUGGCCCAGUACCAUUGAUGCGCAGGAGCGCACCCGGCGAUUGAUCGACCUUUUCGUUGUUUCCGUCCUUCUCGAUGCUGGUGCAGGUACCAGGUGGUCAUACAAGUCGAAGGAGUCCGGCAAGAUCUAUUCGCGGAGCGAGGGUCUGGCCGUGGCAACCUUGGAAAUGUUUAAGAGUGGUUUGUUCAGCAGCGAUCCGACGGAGCCUUGUCAAGUGGAUGGGGCAGGCCUGAAGAAGAUCACGGUCGAAGUACUGGCAAAGGGAAUGCAACACUCCGAAACCAACCCCUUGGCGGGAAUUGAAGGCCGAGCUGGUCUUCUGAUCCGACUUUCCGAGGCCCUGAACAACCAAGAUUUCUUUGGGGUAGAUGCUAGGCCAGGCAACAUGCUCGACUACCUCCUUUCUCAUCCGUCUACACUUGCUUCGUCGGUUCCAAUUGUGCCUAUCACCACGCUCUGGAGUGUCCUUAUGGAUGGAUUGUCUCCGAUCUGGCCGCCGUCCCGCACACAAAUUGAUGGGCUAUCUAUCGGAGACGCCUGGCCGUGCUCCGAUCUCCCCAAGUCUCCCCCUGCGAAACCCUGGGAGAGCAUCGUCCCCUUCCACAAGCUUACGCAGUGGCUGUGCUACUCUAUCAUGGUGCCCAUGUCGAAGCUGAUGAAGAUCCAUUUCGCCGGCAGUGAACUGCUCACGGGUCUACCCGAAUACCGGAACGGUGGUUUGCUGAUUGACAUGGGUCUGUUGACUCUGAAGGAACACGAUUUGGAGCGGGGUAUUGCCGCAUACAAGGAGAAUGCGCAGAUCAAGGGCCAACCCAACGUGGAAGUUGUACCACUCUUCUCCACGGAUGAUGACGUUGUCGUUGAAUGGCGGGCUGUGACCGUUGGGUUCCUGGAUGAGCUACUGGAUGAAGUGAACGGUCAGCUUGGACUGACGGGAGACGAUCAGUUGACCCUUGCACAAAUGCUUGAGGCUGGAUCCUGGAAGGGUGGCCGUGAGAUUGCCGAAGUGUCGAGACCCAACACGAAAGAACCUCCGAUCAUGAUCCGUUCCGAUGGCACUGUUUUCUAAUGAUCGCAUAUCUGUUGAUGUUUUGGAUACCUGACACCGCCAGUCGACGCCCGUUCCACGGCUGGUGGUCGUGCUUACGACUUUGAUGACCGGAUGUUUAUGCGUCUUACUACU